CAGUUCUAAUUUCAUAUCACUCCAUGCAGUUCGCAGUGCAUAAAGUCUCAAUACUGUAUUUCACCGAGUUAUCAGGAAGGGCGUUUGAAGCAUGAGCGUUCCAGCAACUCAUGUUCUUAUGCAGAGGGCUUCCCAACAUUUCGGGGGGGAGCCCAGUGUUCAGAUGUUAGAAGAGCCUAAGCAAAGAGGCAUGCGUUUCAGGUAUAAAUGUGAAGGUCGAUCAGCAGGUAGCAUUCCUGGAGAGCGCAGCGCAGAUAACAACAGAUCAUUUCCAAGCAUACAGAUCCUGAAUUAUUAUGGAAAAGGCAAGGUCCUGGUUUCACUAGUGACAAAAAGCGUUCCCUAUAGACCUCACCCACAUGACUUGGUUGGGAAAGAUUGCAAAGAUGGGUACUAUGAAGCAGAAUUUGGCCCUGAACGAAGUGUGAUAUCCUUCCAGAAUCUUGGCAUUCAGUGUGUACGUAGGAGAGAGGUUAAAGAAGCUAUUGUGUUUCGGAUUGCAAAAUGCAUCAAUCCAUUUAAUGUUCCAAAGGAGCAGUUGUUGAAAACAGAAGAAUACGAUCUGAAUGUGGUGAGACUCUGUUUCCAGGUCUACUUGCAAGAUGAAUGUGGACAUUACACCAGGGCUUUACCACCCAUUGUAUCCAACCCAAUCUAUGACAACAGAGCCCCCAACACAGCAGAGCUGAGGAUUUGUCGUGUCAACAAGAACUAUGGAGGUGUGAAGGGAGGAGAGGAGAUUUUCCUGCUUUGUGAUAAAGUUCAGAAAGAUGACAUUGAAGUCCGUUUCUUCACGCAAAGCUGGGAAGGCAAAGGGUCGUUUUCACAAGCAGAUGUUCACCGGCAGGUUGCGAUUGUGUUCAAAACGCCCCCAUUUCACACCAACAUCACCACCCCAGUGAUCGUUCAGAUGCAGCUCCGCAGGCCCUCGGAUCAGGAGGUCAGCGAGCCCAUGGACUUCAGAUAUCUCCCAGACAAUACAGAUCCACAUCACUUUCAAGAGAAGAAAAGGAAGAUCGAAGAGUUCCAAAAAAUAAUGCAAGCUUUACCUGGCAUGAACCAAAUGGAAAGGCACAAAAUAGUACCAAAGACUGUAAAAUUUUCUAUACUGCGCAACCAGCCCAGCAGCAGCAGCAGCAUGCUAUCAUCAGUUCAGACCAGCAUGACCUUGCCUCCUGUAGCAGACAACCCUGGUGGGCUCCCCCUACUUACAGAUCAUGACCUGAGAUUUUUGGAUUUGCAAAGUAACCCUUCACAGCUUUCCAUGAACAAGACGGCAGUUCCUCCUCCUCAGGCUGUACUUGACCCUCAGGAUGGUAGCUCUUCCUUCUUAGACCACACCUCCUCCUCUGGCUCGUCAGACAGGCAGGCAGCCACUCCUACUCUGGCCUUUGAGGAUGGUCGCUCCUCCUACUUUGGCCCUUGA